UAUAUUCUCGACUCUCUCGUGCCAAGAGCUCGCCACUGUCUGCACCAAUCUAAGUGAAAGGAAAAAGCGAGGGCCGCGCCACCGUUUCUAUCACCGGCUGCCAAGAUAGAUUCCGAUCGCAAGCGGAAGAAAUCGGCUUCUUCGAUCUCCUCUGCAGAUCGAUCUGCGAAGGAAAAGCGUAGCAGCAGCAAGAAGAACAAGAUGUCCUCUUCGGCGGCCGCAGGUCAGGUUAGGGCAUCGCACAUACUCAUAAAGCACCAAGGUUCUCGACGGCCUGCUUCGUGGAAGGAUCCGGAAGGCCGAAUUAUCAAGAACACCACUCGCGACAGCGCCGUCUCUCAGCUUACUGUUAUUCGAGACGACAUCAUUUCCGGCAAGUCCAAGUUUGAGGACGUUGCCUCUCGCAUCUCUGACUGCAGCUCUGCCAAGCGUGGCGGCGAUCUAGGUCCUUUUGGGCGUGGCCAGAUGCAGAAGCCUUUUGAAGAAGCAACAUUUGCCCUCAAGGUUGGAGAGGUAAGCGACAUUGUGGACACUGACAGUGGAGUUCACAUCAUCAAGCGGACUGCUUAAAUUCUCUCAUAAAUCCUCCUUAUUGAAGCAUUUAAUCUAUUUGGCUGAAGUUAUUCGAGAAGGAUUUGGUUCUACUCCAGGCGACACGAAUUUGUUGCUAUGCUCUUGAUAGUACAGGACAAUUCAUGUUGUGAUUUGGCUAUAGCUACUCUGUUUCAGUGACCUAAGAAUUUUCUUGAAGUUCGAUGCUUUUAUGCCAUUGAAUUUUUGGCUCUGUAAACGUGACAGAUAUUUGCGUUCAAGUGGUUGUGAUUUGAAUUGUUUGCGUCUUUUA